GCAGUGGUUCCACUAGCCAUGUUCAACCUCUCCAUGCCAACAUCAGCUACCGAGAGGAUGUUUCAGAUACCCAGAAUCGGCACUCGGGUUUCCACCUGUCUCUUCAGGGCUACGUUUUCAUAUAACUUUUACAGUCACACCGAUCUAAUCCCGAUGGAGCCUACCUCGAAGAACCUCAAUAACACCCUGAAUUGCCUGACUCCGCAUUACAAGAAUAAAGACCAGGAAACGUCAGGCUUCGAAAAAGUGGAAGACUGCACCGCGGUCGUAGUGGCAUACGAGGCCUUUCAGGAGCGGUUGUUCAGCAAGCAGUACCUCAAUGUCGACUACAGACUGCGAGGACUCGGAAAUGUCGCAGCAAAUCAGCUAUUCUUCGUGUACUACGCCCUGGUGAGACUUCUUGCAGUGUUAUAUUCUGUGCCUCUUGGGAUUUCUAGUGUUCUGCAGAAGAGCGGGAGAAAGUAA